AUUGAUCAGUCUUCAACACCCACACAAAAAUCAAUUACACAGCUCUUGUAUCUCUGGCAACAUUAAUUAUAUCAUAGACGUCAUAAAAACUUUGACAUUAUUUUAUCGAUUGUAAGAAGACAUACAUAUUUACACGACAGUACAACAGUUUACAGGUGUAUACAGUGACAAUAUGUGAUAAGAACUAACGAGAAAUCUCUUGUUUCGGAAUAACUUCCAUUUGUGGUCGUUUAAACAAUUAUUCCAAUCUAAAAUGGCCGCAAUAUACGUCUCCUUAUGUGUUAUUCUAGGAAUCGCUUCCACAAUUAAUGGACGACCAAGGACUGAGGAUGAACGAGUAAUGAUUGAUGAAUUUUUACCUGCGUUACUGGACAGAUUACAGAAUAAUCCUGAAUAUGCAUUCCUGUUAGACAGUGACAGUCCGUUAAAGUCAACCAGGCAAAAAAAUUCUCCUGUCCAGCAACAGGAAAAUUGGCCUGAAAACAACCUGAAGCUAGGUCAGGUUGCUGGUGUUGCCGUUGACAACAAUGGAGACGUUCUAGUAUUUCACAGAGGUGAUCGUGAAUGGGGAGCACGAUCUUUUGAUUACAACAACGAACUUUCUCAAAUUGAACAGAAUAAAGGACCUAUCAGGAAUGCUACCAUCCUCAGACUGAACCAGAAUGGAACUGUUAUUCAACGCCUUGGAGCUAAUAGGUUUUUUAUGCCUCAUGGAUUAACCGUUGACCAAAAAGGAAAUCUGUGGGUUACUGAUGUUGGUUUACACCAGGUAAUAAAAAUACCAGCGGACCCAAAAGAUUCUGGGCUUGUUCUUGGUGAAGCCAUGAAACCCGGAAGUGACAGUGAACAUUUCUGUAAACCAACUGAUGUUGCCGUUGCUUCGAAUGGACAUUUCUUUGUAUCUGAUGGAUACUGUAACGGCAGAGUAAUGAAGUUUACUAAAGAUGGUAUGCUAAUUAAAUCAUGGGGAAAACCAUCAAACAAUCCUGUAGAGUUUGCAGCUGAUGAUGAACUGUUUAUUCCUCACAGCAUCACACUGAUCGAAGAAUCAAAUUUAGUAGCUGUGGCAGAUAGGGAACAUGGGCGAAUUCAGUUAUUCACAGCAGGAAUCGCCGAUCCAAACGAUACGGGUAGAUUUGUAAAGAGUAUUUCAAACUCUAGAUUUGGAAGAGUAUUUGCGAUUUCAUACGACCCUACAGACAAAAUGUUAUAUGUUGUUAAUGGUCCAACUGGUCAAAACAAAGUGGCAGGUUUUACUGUUGGUUUAGAUGGCAAUAUACGUGAUACAUGGGGACCAAGGAACAUGAAUUUUGACGAACCUCACGAUGUAGCAGUAUCUCCUGAUGGUCAUCAUGUUUAUGUAGCAGAGAUACGCCCUAACAGGAUAACUAAGUUUAACAAAUAAAAAUUGUUGUUGUUAUGUUUGAUAAUGGUUGAGAAAAUUCUUUAUUAAAUGUUACAUUCUUUAUCCAAUGUUAAAUUUUACAAUGUUAAUGCAAGUUCUGAACGAACUAGAUUAUGAUAUUUAGAAAUUUAUAUUUUUUGUUUCAAUUUAAAAAGAUAAUAUUUCAAUUGCUUUUAGGGUAACGCUAACAGACGUUGUUUUCAUUGUAGACCUAUUAAUUGUGAAAAACAAAGUGUUCAUGUUUGACUCAUUGACCUAUUCCUGAUCAUGUACAUUUCGAAAACUUCGUGUCAGUCAAUUCAAUUACAUAGAGCUGCAAUCAUAGUUAUGGCAUUUGGGAUUCAUCAACUCUAGUUUUGGUAACUUCUGAAAUGCCAGUAACUACGCUGUGAUAUUAAUUGAUAUUAUUUCGAGCAUAUGACAAAUGAAAAUCUAUCCUUUAUUAGAAAAGACUUGAGUUCAAUUUUUUUUUAUUUUACCAGACAUCUCAUCAGGAAGGUUAAAAUAUUUCCAAAUCUACUGAUACAUUUGAAAAAAUAUAAAACAAAAAUACCGAAAUUAACGGUAAAUUAAAAAAGGGGAAGUCUAUAAAUUGACUUUAUCAACCAACGGAACGAAUGUAAAACAACUGUCAAAUUCCUGACUUGCCACAUGUAUUUUCUGAAGAAAUAUCUUUUAUGAAUAUAUAUUUUGACUCAUUUAAUAAUCAAUAAAUUGAUUUGAUACUGAUAAUAUUAUAAGCCGAUAAGACUAUAAGUGUUUUAAAAAAUGCUCUUUCAUACGACUAGUUUUAAGAAGAUGACAUGGCCGUUAUAGUCUAACUUUUGAAAAUAUAAUGUUAUACUUUACGGCUGAUACAUUCCUGAACAUUUAGUUAGGAAAAGCCAUUGGAUGACAGUUCUAAAGUUUGAUCUCUUUGGAAUAUUUAUAAACAGAAUGAAAAUAUACAUUGUUAUAAUUGAUACAUUAUAAAUUUUACGUAUGUACAUGGUUGACUUUUUUGGAAAUAAAUAUAGAUUGAAAUUGU